ACAGGUCUCCAUGCCCAGUAGAAUUAGAUGUCCAACAGCAGCUCUAUCACCCAGUUUCUCCUCCUGGCAUUGUCAGACAAGCGGGAGCUGCAGCUCUUGCACUUCUGGCUCUUCCUGGGCAUCUACCUGGCUGCCCUCCUGGGCAACGGCCUCAUCAUCACCACCGUUGCCUGGGACCACCACCUCCACACCCCCAUGUACUUCUUCCUCCUCAACCUCUCCCUCACUGACCUAGGAUCCAUCUCCACCAUUCUCCCCAAAUCCAUGGCCAAUUCCCUUUGGGACAACAGGGCCAUUUCCUACACAGGAUGUGCUGCACAGCUCCUGUUCUUUGUCUUCUUCAUCACAGCAGAGUAUUGUCUUCUCACCAUCAUGUGCUAUGACCGCUACGUGGCCAUCUGCAGACCCCUGCACUACGGGACCCUCCUGGGCAGCAGAGCUUGUGUCCACAUGGCAGCAGCUGCCUGGGCCACUGGGUUUCUCUAUGCUCUGCUGCACACAGCCAAUACAUUUUCACUGCCCCUCUGCCAGGGCAAUGCUGUGGGCCAGUUCUUCUGUGAAAUCCCCCAGAUCCUCAAGCUCUCCUGCUCACUCUCCUACCUCCAAGAACUUGGGCUUCUUGUGGUUAGUGCCUUUUUUUUAUUUGGCUGUUUUGUCUUCAUUGUGGUGUCCUAUGUGCAGAUCUUCAGGGCAGUGCUGAGGAUCCCCUCUGAGCAGGGACGGCACAAAGCCUUUUCCACCUGCCUCCCCCACCUGGCUGUGGUCUCCCUGUUUAUCAGUACUGGCAUGUUUACCUACCUGAAGCCCUCCUCCAUCUCCUCCCCAUCCCUGGAUCUGGUGUUGUCAUUUCUGUACUCCGUGUUGCCUCCAGCAGUGAACCCCCUCAUCUACAGCAUGAGGAACCAGGAGCUCAAGGCCACCCUAUGGAAACUGAUUUCUUGGACAUUUUUCAAGACUGAGAGAUUUAGCACCUCUUUCCACAAAGGACUCCCACUUUAG